AUGGAGAUUAGUCUUCCUGAUGAUUGUUUGACUUUCAUUUUUGAAAAACUUGAUUCAAGUAUAGAUCGAGAAUCUUUCGGUCUAACUUGUCAUCGAUUUCUUCAAAUUCAAAACCCAAACCGUAAGUCAUUGGAAUUCGGAUGUUCAUUCUCUCGAUCUAACCUUUCUGAAACCCCAAUCAACAUCGAUUCCUUCAUUCUUGAUAAGUUAAUCAAACGUUUUACACAAUUAAACUCAUUAAACUUAUGUGGGUGUGUAAAUCUUCAAGAUUCCGGUCUAAUCCAACUCAUAAACCACGGAUCAAAACUACACACUCUCUAUCUCGAUUGCUGCUUCAAAAUCACCGAUUCAGGACUUUCCCAUAUUGCCCUCGGGUGUCAAUCUUUAUCCUUCAUUAGUCUUUAUCGUUGCCCUAUAACCGAUAUCGGAUUACAACACUUAUCCAAAUCUUGUUCAUCUCUAAAAGACAUAAAUCUUGAAUGGUGUUCCCAAAUAACCGAUGGUGGAAUCUCCGCCAUCACCACCAACUGCCGCCACCUUCGGGCAGUCAAGAUUUCCCAUUGUGACAAAAUAAAAGGAGUCGGAUUCAACGGGUGUUCUAAAACCCUAGCUUGUUUGGAAGCCGAUUCUUGCAAGAUUGAGCCCGAGGGCAUUUUGGGUAUUUUGAGUGGUGGCGGGCUAGAGUACCUAAACGUAUCUUGUCUUAGUUGGUGUAUCCGGGGCGAUGGGUUAAGAUCAAUUGGUGGUGGAUUUGGGAAGAAUAUUAGGGUUCUUGAUUUUAGGGUUUGUCGAAGUGUUGGUGAUGAGACUGUGAUUGAGAUUGCAAAAGGGUGUCCAAUGUUGCAAGAGUGGAAUUUGUCUUUGUGUAGUGAGAUUGGGGUUUUGGGGUGGGAGUCGAUUGGAGGGUAUUGUGAUGUCGACAGGUUAGUGAGUUGGGGAUUGAGUUGUUUAAGGUUGCGAGGUGGGAUGUGGAAAUUAAGGUUGAAGAAGUUAUGUGUAUCAUGCCGAAACAUUUCUUUAGAUGAUGGUUUUAAAUCGAAAUGUGGAUAG